UUAUGAUGAUUGUCUUGCUUUACUUGAUGGUCGUCUCAAACAAUUAAUGACUUUGAUUGUUACUAUUGAUAAAAUCGAAUAUUCGUCGAAUGUUUACAAUUUAAAUAAUUUACCUAAUUUGAAAUGUUUUUCUUUAACAACAUCUUGUUGCUCAACAGUUUUAUAUGAUACUCAAAUUCUAUCUCUUUUUCGUCGUAUGUUAAAUCUUGAAGAAUUAACAUUAUAUAUUACUAUUAAAAAUCGAACUACAUUGAUCGAUGGUAUUCAUAUUUCUAAUGAAAUUCUUGUUCAUAUGCCACGACUUCAUAUAUUUAACUUUUGUAUUUCUACUAACAUUAAUAUGGAUCAUUUAGGACAUUAUUUAUCUAAAGAUGAUAUUCAACGAACUUUUACUAAUACAAUAUAUCGACAAGUGGAUUGUAUUAUAAGUAACGGAUAUAAUAUUGCCACAUAUUGUGUCUUUUCAUUACCAUUCAUGUUUGAUUGUCUUGAAUCUAUUGGUAAUACAUUUCCAAAUAUUAUUUUCAGUAAUGUUACACGGUUGACAGUGAACGAUAUAGUUCCAUUCAAACAUGAAUUUUUCCAUCGAAUUGCUUGGUCUUUUCCUUUACUGAAACAUUUAUGGGUUAUUAAUCAUGAACCACAGGGAUCAAAAUCAGACAAAUUGAAAUUUAAUUAUAAUCAAUUCUAUUCAAUUGUUAAAUUUCCUUAUCUUAUUUCGCUUCGGCUUGAUACUACUUAUAUUCAUUAUACCGAUCAAUUUCUCAAUGAGACAAAAACACAUCUACCUCGUCUAACCAAAUUAACAAUCUGUUAUAAUGAUUUAUACAUGGUGACAAGAAACUUUAGAAGAGGUAUAACACGGCUUAAUUGCAGGAAAAUAAAACAAUUAAUUUUCAAUACAAUAAUAAUGCCAAGAAUAAAACGUUCAAAAAGUUUCAAUGAUUAUUUUCCUGUGUUAGAAUCCUUCGUUUGCCCUUUACUAUAUGAAUAUAAUGGAUAA